AUGACGUCUCCAACGGUCAAGGCGCUAUCAUGGGGCAUCAUGGAGAUUCCGGACGUCGGCAACGGCAAGGACUUCAAGCUCUGGCCCGGCGGCGGCCGAGAGUGGAACUGGGGUGAGACGGGGACGCGACACCGGCCGGGCAUCCAGGUCUCCGACAUCGAGGAGCUCAUCACAAAGGGGGCGACGGUGGUUGUGCUCUCGCGUGGCUUCGAAAACAAGCUUCGCGUCGACGCGGGCGUGCUGGACUAUCUCGCGGACAAGAACGUGUCGGUGCACAUUGCGGCCACUCCCGAGGCGGUGACCAUGUACAACAGCUUGGCUGGAACGACAUUGGUCGGAGGGCUCUUUCAUUCGACCUGCUAG